AUGGUUAACAUAGCAUUUGUAUUGAGUAGGAGGAAGAUACGAUGCACUGGCAAGCAGCCUUGUGAGUUGUGCGUGCGUGCGACUGCUCAGUGCCUGUAUUCGGCACCGUACACUAGAGGCCGGAUUCCGCGUAUCGUCGACGACCUCUCAUCGCGUCCAACAAAGAAUGAACGGCGUCAAGAACCCCUGCCUUCAGGCCACGCGGUGCCUCACUUUCCCCUGGCGCCCUCAGAUGGAGUUGCCAAUUCAACACAGCGUGCUAGCGCUGCAGAGGCUCCGUCUCGGGCAUCUCCAGAGGUUGUCUGGGAAGAUCUUGAAGGCCACUACGUUGGACCGGCAUCCGGGUUGUCUUUUCUGCUUCGUGUUCAGGAAAGAUUGCACCACACGACGUCCGGUUUCACCUUCGGCGAUAUACCUCUGCCAGAGUUCGACCCUACAUUCUGCUCUAUGCUGUCUAAAGAAGACUCCUCGCGCCUUGUGCAAAGGUAUUUCGAUUUCACAGUGCCUGUUGACCGAUUUCUCCAUCAGACUACACGAGAGAUGUGGCUGGAUGAGUUCCAUAAGACGAGGGGUAUCAUGGCGGACGAUAGGAAAGCCCCCGCCAGAAGGGCAAUUCUGUGGAUGGUCUUUGCUCUGGCACAAGAACAUAUGGGCAACGAGCCAGCUAAUAACCGUUCCCAGAAAAGCACAUGUUAUUUCCUGGCAGCGAACUAUCAGCUUCGCAAAGAUUCAGCAGAAUUACUCUGGCCGAUGUUCAAGCCCGCCUUUGCCAAUGUUUAUGGCUCCCGUCACGGUCACGAUUGA